CAGAUGCAAUGGCGAACUAUGUAAAUUCACAAACUCUUCAUCGUGGAACUUUGGUGCUUUACAACUGCCCCUGCAACUCCGAAAUCGCGCUUACACAACUGCUUUCAUCCGAAGAGUGCCUGGGAAAAUCGGUCAAACAAGAUUUAAACAACGCAAAAGAUUUACUAAAGCGCCCUGUGGAAACCCCGGCCUAUUCUCCCAAAAAGUUAUGUUGGAUUCUUUCCCCACAGAAUUCAUUUACAGUGGUGGUCAAUACAAAUCCACAAGAAAUGCACUUGGCGCAGGAGGAGAAGUCUUUUAAGUGGACGGCAUCUCCCUACAAAUCCACCAAAUAUUGCACGUUUGACAGGAAACCAUUAGAGCUCAGUUGAUUUUAUAGGCGACUCCAAACAGCACCAUAAUGUCACCGAGACGAGCGC